AGGGGUUAUGGGCAUGUGACAAGUGUAAAUAAAUAAAAAAAUCAGGAAGGGCCAUAAAGCCAUAGCCAUAGAAUAAGGGAGAGGCCAUAAUCCCUCGAUUGGAUUAACUUACAAUGGGGGUUGAAGUCGAUGUUGAGUUUUGUGGGACUUGUGGAUAUUUUAAAAAGUUCGAAGAGUUAGCGCAGCAUAUUAAAGCCAAACACCCCGAUAUUGAACUGAAUGGGCAUGAAGGCAGGAGAGCCACAUUUGAAGUUAAAGUCAAUGGGACUUUGGUUCAUUCUAAAUUAACUACCCUUGCUUAUCCUGACUAUGACGACCUUUCUGCGAUCAUUGAUGAAGUGGCUCAAGGAAAAGAACCACGAAGUUGUAAACAACAGCCCAUCACCAGUUGCAUAAUAGCUUGAUAAAAAUUAAUGUAUUAUUUAUUUUUGUGAGUUUGUUGUGAAAAUAAAAAUAUAUGUGUAAAAA